AAUGAGACAGAGCAGUUGAAAUUCAGAAACAGAACACCGAGAAACAGAUAGAUAGAGAGAGAGAGAGAGAGAGAGAGGGAGAGAGAAGGAAAAUAUCGAAGAUGGGUAUAUGCUUUGGUUGCUUCGGUGGAGGUGACAAGCACAUGACAAAAGAAGAAGAAAGAUUAGCCUCUGAAGAAGCGCGUGCAAGAGCUGCUCAAGCCGCUCACAAAAGGCAGGAGCAAUUUGAGAAUUCUGCGGCAGGACGAGCUGCACGUGCACAUCAACAAGGACUGGCAAAGCAAUCUGCAAACUCAAACAAAGGCGAACCAACACUAAAGUGGCAGAUGGGUUGAAGUUAGGCAAUAAAUCUGUCCUUACAUGUAAGGUGAGUAUUAACGUUAGGUCAAUCAGAUUUUACGCAAUCAGAUUUUACGUGCAGGAUGCUUCCCUUCUCUCGAAGAUGAACUAAAGGACUUGAGUGCAAUUUUUUCGUAUGUACAAUUUGUGGUAUACUAGUACUAGACAAUGAAAUGUUGAUCUUUUGUUUGAUUGUAAAGAAUCAGCGGUGAAAGAAAAUGGGUAUAAGUUCUGUUGGUAGUUUGAUACUUCCUUCCUCUCUUUACAUGAUAUUUAUUUCAGUAAAACCAUAUUUUUUCUACAGAAA